GGCGGGGAGCCCGGGGUCGCGCCGGGAUCCUCGGCAGCCGCCUCUUCCGAGAACGCCGUCGUGCCAGGACCGGCCUCCGCCACCGCCCCCACCGGGGCCCAGCGCACCGCCUCGCACGGUGGCAGUGACUCCUCUUCUUCCUCCUCUUCGUCCUUCACCUUUGGUCCAGCCGCCGCCAGCACCGUUACCGGCUCCUCAGCCACUUCGACAGCCGCCAUCUUCCCGGAAACGCCCCGCACGUCAGCCGCGCCCCCUUGCUGCCUUGGCAACGGCGCGUGGGCUGGGAGCCCCGAGAGCGGGUGGGCGGGGCUCAGAUGUCACCGAGUUCGGACGUCACGGAGGGCGGGCCUUCCCCGAAGAUUUAAUUCAGGCCGAUAAUUUUGUAUUGAACACCUACUGUGAAUCAGGCACUGAAUAUACUAAGCGUUGGAGAAACAGGUGAUCGGAGCCGGGGUCGAGCCAUUCCGUGCGUAUCUAGUGCAGCGUAGCCCUUGCCCUGGCUCCGGAGGGCGGGUCGUCUCAUCCUAAAUGUGUACAUCUCUGGAGACUCGGACCUGUGAAGGGCUGCAGGGAUACUGCUGUCCUACUGUCUCUCCGGAGUGCAGCUCCCUUGGUUGUAUGGCCACGUUUUCUCGGCCUCCAAAACCUUCCCCUGACCAUAUAAGGAGAGGCAGCUGCUGGGGGCGUCACCAGGAUCUAAAGAUAGCGACCCCUGCCUCGCAUGCCAAACGCCACUGGGCAGCGGGAGCCACCAUGGCACGGCAGCAGGCCCGGACUCUGUGGUAUGACAGGCCCAAGUAUGUGUUCAUGGAGUUUUGUGUCGAGGACAGCACCGACGUCCACGUGCUCAUAGAAGACCACCGCAUUGUGUUCAGCUGCAGGAAUGCCGAUGGAGUGGAAUUGUACAAUGAGAUUGAGUUCUAUGCCAAGGUGAACUCCAAGGACUCUCAGGAUAAGCGCUCUGGCCGCUCCAUUACCUGCUUUGUGAGGAAAUGGAAGGAGAAAGUGGCCUGGCCCCGGCUCACCAAGGAGGACAUCAAGCCAGUGUGGUUGUCUGUGGACUUCGAUAACUGGAGAGACUGGGAAGGGGAUGAAGAGGUGGAGCUGGCUCAGGUGGAGCAUUACGCAGAGCUUCUGAGCAAGGUCCAAGCCAAGAGACCUCCCCCUGCCAUGGAUGAUCUGGAUGAUGAUUCUGACAGUGCCGAUGCAACAAGUAAUUAACUUCUGCACAGCAGAGCUGGGGAGGAUGUUGCGGCCCUCUUCCAGUCAUUCUGACAAGCUGGAGCCUGGGCCUUGGUCCAGCUCUUUGGCUGUGCACCAGGGUCCUCUGGGAUCUCAGAUCUUUCCUAGAAGCUCUUCAUUAAGGGCCCUCCUAUUUCUUUUUCCUAGGCACUUGACUAUGGCUGCUGUAUCCGAUGGCAGAAUAGCAAAGGAGUAGACUGGUGGCACUUCUGACUUCCUACCCAUUGGCUGAGAUCUCUGUGAUCGGGCCGCUCAGCAGGGCUCUCUUGAGUAUGUGAGCGUGUGCAUGGACAUGGUAGAGCAGAAGCCAAAGGGGCAGCAAAUGGUUUAUAAUAAAUCCCUAGGAACUGGUCUGUUUCUUUCCUGCUUGUACUUCUACCUGCUAGAGGCAAGCCUCUUCUCCCUCUGCAGUUCCUCUCCAAGGUGGGGGUGGGUGUCAGAGAUCCUGGCCCUCACUGUUGAGACUGGAAGAAAGAUGGUGGAGGCAGGCUGUAACCAGGGGGUGGGGAGGGGGGACGACUUCCUGUUGCACAGACCUAUGCUCUGGUUUCUCAGCAGAAACCAGCCUUUCACUGUAAGGCUUAUACCACCGCCACCCCUAGAACCAGCCAGAAAUGCACCUCAGCUUCCUGCAUACUCCAGAAAUCUCUUUAUAUUUUUAUUUACUUUAUUUACUCUUUAGAGAGAGGAGAUGGGAGGGAGAAAGAGGGGGAGAGAAACAGUGUGUGAGAGAAACAUUGGUGGCUGCCUCUCACAUGCCCUGGCACCUGGCCCACGACCCAGGCAUGUGUCCUGACCAGAAAUCAAACCUGUGACCUUUCUGUUCGCAGUCCAGUACUCAAUCCACUGAGCCACACCAGCCAGAAAUCUUCAUACUUUUAAAGCUGACAUUAGUUCUUAAAUGUGAAGUAAAGCUGCUAAUAUACAGUUGUAUUUGUAUUAUAUUGUACAAUUUACUAUUUAGUAUCUCAUUAAAAUUUUUGAAUUUCAUAUCAACUGUUUAACAUAAUUAGGUCUUUUCUUCAUAGGUGAUCAAAGAGGUCACAGUAAGUGGCUAAGUUGGGACUUGAAUUUGUACAGCACAUCCCCCAUCCACAAUGCUGAAAACUGAAAA